CUUAAAAUGUCACGUCCAAUUCACGCCCCGCGCUCGUUGCUGACAAUUGGCAAGUUUGGCUGAGAGCUGAGUACCGUGCACAGCGACUACGGAAAAUGCGUAAGUCGACAGAGAGCGGGGCUCGGUUCAUUUAACUUGUCUGUCCAUGGGCGGUGGUAAUAUGUAUUAUAUUAACAGCAGUGUUACAGUUAAUUAAUUUGACUUAUUUUUUGUAUGACGAUAUUUUGUAUCGUGAUAUCGCGAGAAUCCAGCUGCCGUGCAAGUGGAGAUAAACUGGCAAAAUGGCGAAGCGGAGGAUCACACAGGAAACCUUUGAUGCUGUGGUCAGGGAAAACAUGGAGGAGUUUGAGAUGGGUCCUGAUGAGGCUUUGAGGGAGGCUGUGGAGCAGUUCGAGUCUCAAGGUGUUGACCUCGGUUAUAUAGUAAAAGCAGUAGCAGCUGCAUCAUCUGAUGACAAACAAGAAGAGCAAUCACACAAGGUCUUACAGGCUUUGGAUUCCCUCCGCAUUGGAAAAGACUCCGCCAGCGUGGAGGAAGCGACGGCAGACAUGAAACGCUUCACUGAGCAUUGCUCGCUUGAGUUCUCCCAGAGGUAUCUGGCUGCCCAAAAAGACGCCUACCCCGUCAUCCUCUCUUACUGCAAAAAGAGUGCGGGGGAGCGGGAAGCUGUAACCGCCCUGUCCGCUCUGGCUGCACUGACAGAUGGACAGCCGGACUUGUUGGAUGCAGAGGGUCAGCGGGUGCUUUUGAAUGUCCUUAAGAAGCACGAGGCCAAUUCCUCUGUGUUGCGUGUAGCCAUUCGCACUGUGCGUCACUGCUGUUUGAAACAUGAACAAAACCGGCAGGAUUUGGUAAAAGGUGGCGUCCUGCCUCUGUUGACCGGUGCCGCCGCACAACACGGUGGAUGUGCUGAGCUGGUCAUGGAGGCCUCGGCUGCUCUCAGGACCAUGACCUUUGACGAUGAUAUCCGAGUUCCGUUUGGGCAAGCUCAUGAACACGCCAAGAUGAUUGUUCUUCAACACAACGGACUGAAGGUUUUGAUCGAGUCUGCAGAAGCUCACCUCGGUAAUACUUCUGUUCUGAGAGAGCUGUGUGCGACGUUGUCCCAUCUGGCCGUGAGGAACGAGUUCUGUCAAGACAUCUGCGAUCUGGGAGGAUUGAAACUCAUCAUGACGCUGCUUGCUGAGAACUACGAGACACCUGAGCUGGUUCGGCAGGUCCUGAGUGCAAUACGAGCCAUAGCAGGCAAUGACGACGUGAAAGAUGCAGUUGUUAAUGCUGGUGGGGUGGAGCUCAUUGUCAUUGCCAUGAACAGACACAUGAGCAACUCUGCUGUGUGUGAGCAGGGCUGUGCAUGCCUCUCUGUCCUCGCUUUGCGUAAACCAAACAACUGCAAAGUCAUUAUGGAAAAUGGAGGUGCCUCAGCUGCUCUGCAGGCUAUGAAGACGCAUACUGAUAAGGUCAAUGUGCAGAAAAAGGCAUGUAUGCUGUUGAGGAAUCUGGUCUCACAUAUGAGCAACUUAAGCCAACCAAUCCUGGAUAUGGGAGCAGAGGCCCUGAUAACCCAGGCCCUGCAGACGCAUGAAGACUGUGGUGACGUGGGUAAAGCGGCCCUCAGAGAUCUGGGAUGCCACGUGGAGCUCAGAGAGCUGUGGACCGGCAAAAAGGGCAGCCUUACCUACUGAAAGUAGAGGAGAGCAUCACUGUACACCCUCACUAUAAGUUUGCUUGAAAAGCAAUUUAA